UUUUAUACAUGCCCAUCUCUGCCUAUCACAGGUUGAGUUUACCAAAAUAAAUAAACCAUAUAAUUAUACUUUUAUAUUUAAUAAAAGUAAUUCACAAGUAACCUAUAAACAAUUUCAAACCAAAAAAUGACACAAAUUUAUAGAAAUUGAUAAAUUUCAUAUUCACUACAAAAAGUGACAACUGACAAGUCUCAAAAUUAAACAAUUGUGAAAAGUAACUGCUGUUUACAAGCACAAUGUCAGCAAUACCAAAAACGCCUAUUUCAAUACUCCAAGAGAUGAUGGUGAAAAAAGGUCAAGUGCCAAAGUAUCAACUUAUUCAUGAUGGUGGUGGAACACAUGAAAAUACAUUUACAUGGAGUGUGGCUUGUGAGGGUUUGGUAGCAAAAGGUACAGGAAGAUGUAAAAAAACAGCAAAACAUAUUGCUGCAAAUAAAAUGCUUGAACUUAUUGCUGAUACAAAUGGAUUUUUGGCAUUACCACCAACACCAGCUGAUUCACCAGUUAGAACUCCAAAGUCGCAAUUUGUAUCUUACAUAGUUGAUCCAUCUCAACCAUUUUUAAAUGCAAUUGGAGCACUUCAGGAUUUAUGUGCUGAAAAUGAAUUAAGUGAACCAAUAUACGAUGUGAUAAAUGAUAUUGGACCACCUCAUGCAAGAAUAUUUACAGUUCAAUGUACAGUAUCAGGAUUUAAAGAAGAAGGUACAGCAACAACAAAAAAACAAGCAAAACACGAUGCUGCCUUUAAAAUGUAUGAAAAAAUAGGCAAUGUAUUAUCAGAUAUAAGUAGUAAUGUUGUUGAGAUAUCUGAAGUUCCAGAUUUAUCUACUGUUAAUGAUGAUACUGCACAAAUUCAUGAAAAAAUAAAAAAACUUUUUCUUGAAUUAUCAAAAAAUAAAAUAUCAAGAAAAGCUAAUCUUGGUGUAACAAUUUCUAAAUAUCAUGAAAAAAUGAUAGAACGUUAUGGAAUUGAAUUACGACAACAAGUCAAUAAUGAGCUCAAUGAAUUGAUAAAAAUAAUUGAUUGUAAAAGUUAUCAAGAUCCUUUGGAGUUUAAUCAAAAAUGUAUUAAAGAAAUGCAAAAAAUUUUAGAACAAAUGGAACUUGAAUUAGAUAUUUCAAUAAUGACAGGAGAAGAUAAAAAAUUUGUGAUUAGUUUAUAUAUCAAUGCGAUACCUUCAAUAACUGAAUUGAGUGUUUCAAAUGAUGCAUUUGAUGCACUGAUACAAGUUUGCUCAAGAGCCAUCGAAACUUUCCAAAUAUUACUUUUUUAAUUAGAAUUAAGUAUUAAUUAAUUUACAUAAUUUUAGUAUGUUCAUUAAUAAUUAAAUUAUUAUGUGUUAUGUUGGAACUUUUUUAAAGUAAAGGAAACAUGAAUGUAAAUAUCCAUUUAGUUCAAUUGAACAUAAGAAAAAAUAAUUUGUUUCUUAUAAGUUUAUUCCAAGAAGACAUAGUUUCCUUGGUUUAUGUUAAAUAAAGGACUAUUUGAUGAUGUACAUA